AUGUCGACGAUCUGCAAUGACUUGUCGCCGUGGCCUCAGCUAUCCGGCAUGUUCAGAGCGCUGGAGCGAAAGGACAGAAACAACAUCUUGUUCAAAUGCCUGCUGUGCCUACUACAAGAAAAAAUCCUUUCAUGUUCAAAGGCAAGGAGCUCGAACCUCAGGAAACACGUCAAGGCGCAACAUGGGACACAAAUCCCUGCACUUGAGCGCAUCAUGAGGAAAAGGCCAGCAGCAGAAGAGGCAGCCGGAGACACCAUGAAGCAGCAUAAACUGAGUUUUUCAACCACGGGCGUUUCUCAGGCAAACAUUGAUGACAUGGUAGCCACUUUUGUAAUUGUCACUAUGCAACCCUUCUCUGUUGUGGAAGCCCCAAGCUUUGUGAAUUUAGUAACAAACCUGGCGCCCAACAAAACUGUGAUUACACGAAGGAUGCUGGUCAACUGGAUCGAUACCAAAUAUGAAGCAAUGCGUGCACAGUUAGUGUCAUCGCUGGAAAGCGUCCCCUACGUCACGGUUACAGCAGAUUGCUGGACGUCGUUCCGACGAGCUUACUUGGCAGCGACGGUGUCCUGGCUCUUGCCUGACUGCCUUUCGAGAAAGUCUGCAAUCCUUACGUGCCGACGCAUGACAGGGAAGAUAUCGUACGACCGCAUCGCCGAUGUUAUGUGUCAAACUUUCGACGACUUCAAACUGCACGGUAAAAUUACGAAGGUCAUCACGGACAAUGGCAGCAAUUUUGUUAAGGCAUUCAGAGUGCUAGGACCAGCAGAGCAGGGACAGGACAUGCGUGCGGACGAGGACGACGUUCCCACGGAUCCCAUAGACGUGGCUGCGCUUUUGGACAGAGUUGGGCAGAGCGAUGCAGGCGGACGUCUACCACCACACCACCGGUUUUCAGCGCACACACUGAAUCUCGUAGCGACGGUGGACGCGUCUAAGGCCGAGUCCUCUGAGAUAUUCUCCAGACCGCUCCGUUCUGUAAUGCGUACUUGCCGUUCCCUGUGGAACAAACAAGGGCAGUCAGCUACAGCUGCUGAAACUAUUGAGCGGUAUUGCGGACGUGCGCUCAUACGGCCAGUCACAACCCGAUGGAACUCCUUUUUUGACGCGAUACACUGCUUGCUGGAGCUGGACAACGCUGGCCAUGACCUUGAUGGAUUAUGCAGAGCUCUACAGGUUCCACCAUUCCAGCGACCACGAGACUUCCAAUUCAUGAAGGAGUAUUGCGAGGUGAUGAAGCCUGUGGCAGGCGCACUCGACAUCCUUCAGAGAGACUACAUAUUUCUGGGGCACCUGUUGCCAACCAUAAGCGUUCUGAAAAAACGCUUGGACCACCUAAUAAUGUCCGGGCUGAAAUACUGCUCUCCUCUUGCUCACGCGGAAGGUAUCCGCAGAAGAUUCGGCCACUUGUACAGCGACAGGGAGUUGGUGUCAGUCGUCAUUCCACGUUUCCAGGAACGUUGGGUCGGUGAUGGACCAAGGCGACAGGAGCUCGUUCAGCUCUUGGCAGAAGAAGUGAGUCGACCGUGCUACAAAGAUGGGGACUCAGAGGACGCGCACCCAGACCUCCGAGACAGCUGCCAACAAUCCAAACAAAGGAGGAAGACUAUUUCAGUUUCUCCAUACCCAGCGCGAUGA